AUGAAAGAAGAUGCGGCGACCACUACCCCUACCGUCACGGAUACCAAGGCUAGCGAACCAAUAGAGCCCGCUCCAGCACCAAGGGAGACCAUUGUGACAGCACCUACCAUUCAGACGACGCCUGCUACUUCGCCCACCUUUGAAGCAAAUUCGAAGCCUCCAUCUCGCAGAGUAUUGCGACUAAAGUGUCCGCUCUGCGGGGACUAUCCCGAUGGCUUCCGCAGUGAGCAUGAGCUCCGACGUCAUACCAACCGUGUCCACAAAAAGGCACGUAAAGUCUGGGUGACCAUCGACACUUCGCCCGACAAGUCGUUCCUGGCCAACUGUAAGGCGUGCCAGACCGGAAAGAAGUACAACGAAUGCUACAACGCCGCAAGUCACCUUCGACGCAUGCACUUUCACCCCCACAAACGCGGUGAAAGGAAGAUGACUGCAGCGGAGGCUCGACGCGGCGGGAAGCCUGGCGACUUGGAUCCCCCAAUGGAGGUCCUCAAAGCCAACUGGCUGCGGGAAGUGGACGAGAUACUUGGAGACGACAACGAACCUACCGAGGAGGACGCAGCAUCUACAUCCUUAUCGCCGACUCAGACUAUGCCGCCGCAGAUACAGCCACAGCUGCAGGCGCAGAUUACUCCAAACAAGGCGGAAGUAAAGGCACCACCGACGCCAACUACACCUUCCACUCGGUCGAUGGCGAUAGAUAGCAUAGUUGAAAAGCAGAACGCUGCAUGA